AUGGAAAAAAAAAGAGGAAAAAACGCUCCCACAGCGGACAUUGGCAUGCUCCCGGCGCACUCGCGAUGCAAAAUCUCGACUCGACUUACUUUCAGUGUCAUCGUCGGAUCUUUCAUCUUCCCACGGGUUGCCGGGGCCGCAGUCACGACUAUCACGAAUCCCCAAAAUCUGACUUCUUUGUUUAUUACCCACGACUUCGGUUUAUAUCCUUGGUCCUUUUGUUUUAUGCUUGGCAUUUGUGUCUCGCGGAUCCCCACCAACUUUUCUAAGCUGGAUGAUGUAUUACAUCACUCCCACAUCUCUCUCACUCAUGAUAGAUGGCAAAUGAUCGAUAACGGUGUUCCCUUCUGCCCGUGA